AUGCACGCUUUGCGGUUCAAUCAGGACGCAACUUGCUGCUCAGUGGCAACAUCUUCCAGCUCUGUCUGCAUAUAUAACUGUGACCCAUUUGGUAAAUGUUUUGAGCUGGAAAAUGGCAGCAGGAACAGCAGCCGAGACGAUCUUUCGGGAUACCAAAACUCUCAGAAACCAAACUUUAUAGUUGAGAUGCUGUUUUCUACUAGCCUUAUUGCAGUAGUUGAUAAGAACCAGGGCUCUCAGAAGAGCCGAAAGCUCAAAAUUGUGAACACGAAGAGAAAGUCCACUAUAUGCGAGCUAACCUUUCCUCAUGAGAUUGUGGACGUGGUUAUGAACCGAAAGCGCAUGUGCGUACAGCUAGCCAGUGAGCAAAUUUUCGUGUACGACAUCUCCUGUAUGAAGCUGAUACAAACCAUAGAUGUAUUGGAGGGAAAGCUGAAAUCCCCCAGUUCAAGCACAGCGCCUGCCCCCUCAUGUGUGAGGAUGUCUCUAAGUAGUGGCGACAGCAGUAUUCUAUGCUACAGCACGUUCUCACGCUCGCCCAAGGAGUCUAAUGUCUUUAACGACAUUGUUGUGUUUGAUGCUUUGAAUGUAUCACCUAUAAACUACCUCAACUCGGUACACAAAACAGCAAUCAGCUGCUUGACAGUUAGCCCUAAUGGCAAGCUCGUCGCCACCGCUUCUGAAAGAGGGACGAUAGUCCGCGUGUUCCACACAGGAGCGGACUCGGAGUAUAGUGCCUCUGACCCCCUUUUACGUGAAUAUCGGCGAGGUACGCGACCAACCUCUAUCUAUGAAAUGAGGUUCAACCCAGGAUCAGCGUUGUUGGGAUGCGUUGGCAAUACGGACACAAUACAUAUAUUCAAAGUGCCGCAUAGCAAGAACAUUGAGGAUCUGAGCACCGCAGGCGGCAAUCAAGAUAGCUGGCUUGAGUCGCGUCUCAGUAAAGACUCGCCACACCAAAUCGCCUCUUUUCUUUCUAGGCGGGUUAUAUCAAGGAUCCCGAGCCAGAGUAUGGCAAGAGAUUACGCUUCCAUGAAGGUUUCGGAGGAUGUCCGCCACUGCAUUGGGUUUCCCGACGAAUUCCCAAACCAAAUUUACGUUUCAGGGAAUGACGGUGUCUUGCAAAUUUACGAGCUACCAACUGAGCACGGAGAGUGUAUACUUCUGAAGAACAGUAACUUCUUAGCAUAA